AUGAUACGACUACGCAUGAAUAAGAAGAAAACCCAGUUCAUGACGAACCCAUGGCGCGAAGGUGAACAAAUCCAACUGGACGGUUCCCUUAGUACAGAAAUCACCUCGUACGUGUGCGUUGGGAACUCAAUGAUUGUAGAGAACGGGAAGCAGAAAUUAAAGGGAGGAUGGAAAGCAGUAGGGAUCAAACUCGGGCCUAUCAAAGAAGCUAUCGAGCAAGAUCGCCUUAAAAAUCAGCGCUCACCUUUCGAUUCGAUUCCAGCGCUCUCUUCUACAGUAGACGCGUGGACUGACAGUUCAGUCACGCACUACGCAAACAGCCCUUCAACGAUGUCUUCUCAAAUAUAG